UGUUUGUUUAGGGUGGUUUUAGUAUAACUUAGCUGCUGCUCCUACAACCCCUUCGCAGCAAAUAGGUAAACAAAACCGCCCCCCGGCCUCCUCCCAAAACAUCAACUCCCACAGUCUGGCGAAGACUUCAAAGUCUUCUGGUGCAUCAAAAUGGAUGCAAAGCCUCACAGAAUUCGCGUCCGUGGGGACGAAAAUGCGCCUUUCCCUCACGCUGCCGGCAAAACGGUUCACCAGAAAAACAAGUCAACCCCCGCCUUGUCGGCUCUGUUUCAAAAUGGUGUGACGAAGAAUGGUCCAAGAAGAGCUGCCUUCGGCGACGUCAGUAAUACUGCCAAAACCGUCCAAGGUGCUCGGGAUGACAUUUCUGUUGCAGCCAAGAAACAGACCAAGGUAUUGGAGAAGCCUUCCGUGCAGGUCGCGGAGAGGAAAUCUUCGGUGCUGGCACAGCCUGCCCAGCGUCCAAUGUCAGUGUCGGGCGUCAAGGGCCUGCUGAACAACGCCUCAACUUCUAAGGCCCUGGAGCCCAUCGGAAAGCCAAUUGGCGUGCCGCAGCAUACUGCCAACUCUCGCAAGGCCCUGAAUAAGCGAGGAACCGUCUUUAAGGAUCAUCUGGAACCAUUGAAAGAAAAACGCGAACUUACAUCCAAGGAAACAACUGAAACCAAGGAAGGGACUACUGGGGGUCAAGUUGCGCAUUCAUCCACAGCGCCCUCGCAGCUGGACAGCCUGAAGGACAAGGAUGUGGUUAAUGAGAUAUCGACCGAUGAUCUCGAGAAUUACGAGGAGCAUUCGUUUGUCGGCUCGGAGGUUGGUGGAGAGGAAACGGUAGCGCCCAAAGUUGAUGAGGAUGUCUGUAAGGUUCAGAGUAUCAAGGAACUCCCAGAGAGCUCUGAAGCCGGACCAGUAGUAGAGGACGACAGCUCUGACCCCAUUGUGAGGCCACAACGUGGAGCUGCCCCUGGUUCUCAUGCAUACCACGACCACGUGCCCGCUCACUCCGAACCUGAAGAAUACUGGGACGAUGAGGAUGACGAAAAUGAAGAGGAUGAUGGGUAUAUAACAGCCCGCUCCUAUCGAUCUCGUGGCGAUAAUACGACCGGCGCGACCACUACCAUGCUCUUUCCCAAAUACACGCAGCAAGUGAGACGGGAGUUGGCACUCGCAAAGCAAAUCGUUGAGGCAACACGGACAGUGGAGGAUAUCGAAGAUGAAUUUUGGGAUACAAGCAUGGUGGCUGAAUACAGUGAAGAUAUCUUUGAUUAUAUGCGGGAACAGGAGAUCAAAAUGUUGCCGAAUGCCCAUUAUAUGGACAAUCAGGCAGAGAUUCAAUGGUCUAUGCGCUCCGUCCUCAUGGAUUGGCUUGUCCAAGUCCACCAUCGGUUUUCACUGCUUCCUGAAACACUGUUCUUGUGUGUCAACUAUAUCGAUCGCUUCCUCUCAUGCAAAAUCGUUUCCUUGGGCAAGCUGCAGCUUGUGGGAGCUACCGCAAUCUUUAUUGCUGCCAAAUAUGAAGAGAUAAACUGCCCUUCCGUACAGGAAAUUGUUUAUAUGGUCGACGGAGGCUAUAACGCCGAUGAAAUUCUCAAGGCUGAACGCUUCAUGCUUACCAUGCUGCAAUUUGAGCUUGGGUGGCCGGGUCCGAUGAGCUUCUUGCGGAAAAUCAGCAAAGCUGAUGACUAUGACUUGGAGACCCGGACGUUGGCCAAGUAUUUCUUAGAGAUUACUAUCAUGGAUGAACGCUUCGUCGGGUGUCCGCCAAGCUUUACGGCUGCUGGUGCUCAUUGUCUCGCAAGAAUGAUGUUGAGGAAAGGGAACUGGACACCUGCUCAUGUCCAUUAUGCGGGAUACACGUACUCUCAGCUUUACCCGCUUAUAUCUCUUAUGAUGGAGUGCUGUGAGAUCCCUCGUAAGCAUCAUGCGGCUAUCUACGAAAAAUAUACCGAUAAACGGUUCAAGCGGGCCUCGCUUUUCGUCGAAGCCGAGAUGAGGAAAGGGUUUCAACUUCCAGAGGUCACCCGCGAGAAGAGUCUUUGCAAUCCGACAUCUCUUGACCCAGGACAUUACUGGAAGCGAGCGUAGCCGCCAUCAGGCGUUCCGGCAAUCCUUCGCCAGGAUUGCCCUUGGAGGACAAGUGACGAUUGGUAG